UUAGAUUUGAUCAAGAAAAAAAUAAAAUGCUUCUUUACGAGCGUGCCUGCCUUUGGCUGGGUCAUAUAAAACUGUCUCGUGUUAUUGUAAUGGUUUCUGUUAUUCUUUUCGUCGUGCCGCUUUUUACACAUUAUUAUUUAUCUAAGUAUGAAACUGCAUCUGUUGCUUUAGGAAGCAAUUCAAUGCGGCAUACUUUAGAAGCUCUAGGAGAUAUAUCAACAAUGAAUGUAGCUGAUCUUAAAUUAAGAAUAGAAGAAAUGCUUAGAAUUAAGGCUUCAGUGUCUACCGAACUCCGAGAAUUAGAAGAAAAGCGUGGGAGACUUCAACGUGAAUCUGCAGCUGCAAGUACAAAAGCUGAUAAUGUCAAAGCUGAAUAUGCAAGGGCUACAGCAGAGUUGCAGCGAUUACGGGUUUCCGCAGAUCAAGCGCGACUCGCUCAGCUCGAGGCGAUCCGGCGCGACACACCUGAGCUUGCACCUCCCGCUCUCAUACUACCCUCACAACCUCCACCCAUACUUCCACCAAUAAGUCACUCUUCGGAGAUAAACUGUCGAAUGCAUUCCUGCUUUGAUCAUUCCCGAUGUUCGCUAACUUCAGGUUUUCCUGUCUAUUUCUACGAUCCCGAUAUCUUUUCACCGCUAGCAGGUGCCGAAGUAGAUGGAUUCCUUAAAACUACACUGCGGCAGACUCUCGGAUAUAACGCUCAUCUUACACAGAAUCCCAAUGAGGCUUGUGUAUAUCUAGUUCUAGUCGGAGAAUCGUUCCCAUUCGAAAAAGCAGUUUCGUCGACACUAGAGCCAUAUAAAUUAUUAAAUGAAACCGCAAUCAAAAAUUUACCUUAUUGGGGGGGCGAUGGUCGUAAUCAUGUCUUACUGAAUUUAGCGAGACGGGAACUAUCUGUAGGCUCGGGCGACGCUUUCUCCGGAGCAUCCACAGGCAGGGCCAUGAUCGCUCAAUCGACGUUCACGUUGAAUCAGUUUCGAGCAGGAUUCGACCUGGUGACCCCGCCGGCGCUCGGCCCACCUGGCGGCGAUGUAUGGUCCGACUGUGCGCCCAUGGCCCCGGCAAGGAGAAAGUAUCUUCUCAGUUUUCAGGGUUCACAAUCGCCCACUAAUUCGAUUCAAAAGGACAAUGAUACUUAUUUAAUAGAACACCUAAAGAAGAUGGCAAGCAUGGCUCCCGAAUCUGAUUUAUUUUACUUGCAAUUCGAUUGCGAUCCGCCUGUCGAGAAGCGCUCGUUGAAAUCUAUCGGCGAUUGGGCGUUGUGUGGAACAGAUAGAUCGAGACGAUCCGUUUUGCGGGAUUCGACUUUCGUGUUGAUAUUAGCUCCAGGUGAUAGUAGUUAUACUACGACUGCGUUAUUACAAGCAAGACUUUACGAAGCGCUACGUUCGGGCGCUAUCCCGGCCAUUCUAGGCGGAGAUCGGACAAAGUUACCGUACGAUGAGGUGCUCGAUUGGCGUCGAGCUGUUUUAUCAUUGCCCAAAGCGCGUGUAACGGAACUGCAUUUUCUUCUGCGAGCGUUGUCGGAUUCUGAUCUACUAGCAUUCAGGAGGCAAGGCAGGGUUUUAUGGGAACGUUAUCUGAGUUCGGUACAAGCGAGUAUGGAUUCCUUACUGGCGACGAUACGUACUCGACUAAACAUACCGGCGCGGCCAGCAGCACCGAUUAUGGGUGCGCCCGCAUUCAAUGAUUCCUUCUCUCCACCGAAGCUGGAACCACCAGCGGUAGACGCCGAACCCGAGGAAACAUUAGGUCCUCUGGAAGCCCCUUAUCCGAGUCCAGCGUACAGACGAAACUAUUCUUUGGCCCUGCUGCACGGGUACGAGAUGUGGAAUGAAUGGGGAGAGCCCUUCGCACUCUAUCCACAAUUACCUUGGGACCCUCCGGUGACGUCAGAGGCCAGGUACAUGGGUUCAGCGGCGGGUUUCCGACCUAUAGGCGCGGGGGCCGGUGGGUCCGGUAAAGAGUUCAGCGAGGCUCUGGGAGGAGACCGGCCGCGGGAGCAGUUUACGAUCGUCAUAUUGACCUACGAGCGAGAAACGGUGCUAGCUGCGGCACUCGCACGUCUUCGUGGGUUACCCUAUUUAAAUAAGGUGGUAGUGGUAUGGAAUGGUGUGACACCGCCGAGUGCCGCGGCGUGGCCGGACUGCGGUGCGCCCGUGGCUGUGGUGCGCGCGGCUCGAAACUCCCUCAACAACCGCUUCCUGCCCUACCACGUCAUUGACACUGAGGCCGUGCUCUGCGUUGACGAUGAUGCACAUCUCAGACAUGAUGAGAUCAUUUUUGCAUUCAGAGUGUGGCGUGAACAUCGCGACAGAAUCGUCGGGUUUCCAGGCCGAUAUCACGCCUGGGAUCUUAAUUUCAAUAAUGGAUUCCUUUACAAUUCGAAUUAUAGCUGCGAGCUGAGCAUGGUGCUGACGGGAGCGGCGUUCGUACACCGCUACUACUUGUGGGCGUACUGGCGCGCGCUGCCCGCCGCAGUACGAGACUACGUGGACCAUUACAUGAACUGUGAGGACAUCGCCAUGAACUUCCUCGUCGCUCACAUCACCAGGAAACCACCCGUUAAAGUGACAUCACGUUGGACUUUCCGAUGUCCUGGUUGUCCCGUCACCUUGUCAGCCGAUGAGACGCACUUCCACGAGAGACACAAGUGCAUACAGUUCUUCUCUCAGGUAAUGGGCUACACGCCGUUGCUUUCGACGCAGUUUCGCGCUGACUCGGUUCUGUUUAAGACGCGGAUACCUCACGACAAACAGAAGUGUUUCAAGUUCAUAUAAAACAGGUAUCUGCUAAGCGAUACAUGGCGUAAGUUUAAAGAUAAUCGAAAUUGUAAAGUACACCAGAAAUUUUACUUGGCACGUCGGGUACAAGAGUACUUUACUGCAAGACGUGCCAACUCUCUGUUUAUCAACAAUCUUACAAAUAAAUAUUGUAAAUUGUCUUUUGAAAGUUUUUAAUUGUAGUAGCAAAUGAUCCUAAAAUAUUAUGAUCUAGUGAAAUGUUUUGAUUGACCAUAAAUUGUUUCCGUGGUCGAGUAUAAAUUCAUCUUGUCAUCUCACUUUUUUUAUUUGAAAAAUGUAAGACAACAAUAUACAUGUGUAAAGAUAAUGGAAUUUCACGAUAUGACAGUUAU